UGCAGCUUUACAAGGCUUCAAUAUUUCUUCAUUUCCAUCUCUCCCACCAUUGCCACCUCUCUCUCUCUCUCUCAUCCAGUGCAGUGUAUAUAUAGACACACAAACUCAUCACCUCUGUGUCAGCUAAUCCCUGCAACACCCUAAUGAAUUAAUCAACUCCAUUCAAUUCUCCCUACUCUAAUAAUCAUGACUGAGCCCUACUACAAUUUCUGGUUCAACUUCAGUUCCCAUCUCCACUCCCACUACUAUUCAUCCUCCACUUCUUCAUCUUCAUCAUCACCAAACCCUCAUCAUACCAUCAACCCUCCUUCUCCUUCUCCUUCUUCUUCCUCUCCUCCUCCUCGAGAAGCCCUCCCUCUCCUCAACACCCUCAACUCCUCCCAAGAAUCAUGCGAUGGUGGCCCCAUCAAGCCCGAGGAGCAUUGCGAUUGUGACGGCGAGGAUGUGACGAUAGCCCUACAGAUAGGGCUUCCAAGCCCUAAUUCUGACCCAGGCUCGGGCUCCUCUGAGGCUCCGGAGAAAGAGGGCGUCGACAUCCUCUCCGGGCUGCCCUUGAACAGGCUCAACAUGGGGCAGUACUGGAUUCCCACCCCUUCCCAAAUCCUCAUCGGACCUACUCAGUUUUCAUGUCACCUUUGUUGCAAGACUUUCAACAGAUACAAUAAUCUCCAGAUGCACAUGUGGGGCCACGGAUCGCAGUACAGAAAGGGCCCGGAAUCCCUACGAGGCACGCAGCCGACGGCGAUGCUGCGGCUGCCGUGCUACUGCUGCGCAGCGGGGUGCAAGCACAACAUCGAGCACCCGCGCGCGCGGCCCCUGAAGGAUUUCCGGACCCUUCAGACGCACUACAAGCGGAAGCACGGCAGCAAGCCGUUCAUGUGCCGCAAGUGCGCCAAGCCGUUCGCCGUGAAGGGCGACUGGCGCACGCACGAGAAGAACUGCGGCAAGAUAUGGUACUGCUUCUGCGGCUCCGACUUCAAGCACAAGAGGUCGCUCAAGGACCACAUCAAGGCCUUCGGCCGCGGCCAUGGCGCCCACGGAAUUCCAGCCGAUCUCGACGACGAGGAUAAUGACUCCACCUCAGAGAUUGAGCAGGCUGGGGAUGAUCAUUUUCCUCACAACAACCACUUCUAGUUUUGUUUUGUUUUUCUUUUUUCUAUAAUUAUUAUAUUAUAGGUUUUCUGUUUAAAUAUGGAAUGUGCUGUGUUUGGGAGGUUGAUUUUGGCUUGCAGUGUAGUUAUACUGUGCUGCAAGAUUUUUUUUCUUCUUUUUUUUUUCCUAUUACUAGUAAUUAUAAUUAGGCUCUUCCUAUUCUCCACAGUUGUGAAAUUAAUUGUAAAUGGCAUGGAUUGCUGUUUGUGUUGUUGUUGGUGUGAUGUAUCAAGGUUUUCAAUCUUGC